GCAGAGGAUGGCCAGUGGUGUGUAAUCCUUGUUUGGGUUGUGGGAGGGGGAAUCACGGGGAAGGGGGGUCUACAUAAACGCACCCUUGGCCGACGUUCCGUACACCAUCCUCAGGCGGCAAACCCCGGCCAAGCACUGUCAGGUGAUUGUCUCUCGUUUGAGUGAAGAGAGCAAAGCGGAUCGAAGACAAUGUGUGACGAAGAAGAGAGCACCGCCCUCGUGUGCGAUAAUGGAUCAGGUCUCUGCAAGGCAGGCUUUGCCGGGGACGACGCGCCCAGAGCCGUCUUCCCCUCCAUCGUGGGCCGUCCCAGACACCAGGGAGUGAUGGUGGGAAUGGGCCAGAAGGACAGCUACGUGGGCGACGAAGCACAGAGCAAACGAGGUAUCCUGACCCUGAAGUACCCCAUCGAACACGGCAUCAUCACAAACUGGGACGACAUGGAGAAGAUCUGGCACCACUCUUUCUACAACGAGCUUCGCGUCGCCCCCGAGGAACACCCCACCCUGCUGACCGAGGCACCCCUGAACCCCAAAGCUAACAGAGAGAAGAUGACUCAGAUCAUGUUUGAAACCUUCAAUGUUCCCGCCAUGUAUGUGGCCAUUCAAGCAGUGCUGUCUCUCUACGCUUCUGGUCGCACCACUGGUAUUGUCCUCGACUCUGGUGAUGGUGUCACCCAUAAUGUCCCCAUUUACGAGGGCUACGCUCUGCCCCACGCCAUCAUGCGUCUGGACCUGGCUGGCCGUGAUCUCACAGACUACCUCAUGAAGAUCCUGACCGAGCGAGGCUACUCAUUCGUCACUACCGCUGAGAGGGAAAUCGUCCGUGACAUCAAGGAGAAGCUCUGCUAUGUUGCCCUGGACUUUGAAAAUGAAAUGGCUACCGCCGCCACAUCAUCCUCCCUGGAAAAGAGCUACGAGCUUCCUGAUGGCCAGGUCAUCACCAUCGGCAACGAGAGGUUCCGCUGUCCCGAGACCCUCUUCCAGCCUUCUUUCAUCGGUAUGGAAUCUGCCGGAAUUCACGAGACCACCUACAACAGCAUCAUGAAGUGUGACAUCGACAUCCGUAAGGACCUGUAUGCAAACAAUGUCCUGUCUGGAGGAACCACAAUGUACCCUGGGAUUGCUGACAGGAUGCAGAAGGAGAUCACCGCUCUGGCUCCCAGCACCAUGAAGAUCAAAAUCAUCGCACCACCCGAGCGCAAGUAUUCCGUUUGGAUUGGAGGUUCCAUUCUGGCGUCGCUCUCCACCUUCCAGCAGAUGUGGAUCAGCAAGCAGGAGUAUGACGAGGCCGGCCCAUCCAUCGUCCACCGCAAAUGCUUCUAAAGCCUCCAGCCUUCCCAGUGAUGCCCUCUCUGCCUUCAGUCUUGCUUUUCUGCCUCUUUCUGUCUUCUCUUUGUCCCCGUAGCUUUUCCUCCCCCUCUUUGCACUGCUACUUCUGAAUGGAUGUUUUUGUUUUCGAAUGAAUUAAACCUCGACAUGCUCGGGCAUGUCGGAAACCAUAAAAGAACAGGAGAACCAAAGCUCAUAGGCGCCCUCGUGUGUUCAGAUGCUGAAAAUGAACGUUGCAGAUGUUGCAUGUGUUCAAUCACCGCUGUAUGCUUCGAGUUACAGUUUAAGGAUGGUUACAUUGAGAACACUCCAGGAAGGAAUAAAGCUCUUCAAAAACUGAA